UGCUCGCCGCCCGUACCCGUAGCUGCGACGAUGUAACGAAACCGAAGGCAUCGCUGUUUGUCGCAACAGUUGCAGCCUUUACAGAAACUCUGUCCUCCUUGUUUGUGAGCGAGCGCUGUAACGACGUCGUGAAAGGCGCCCUUCACUAGAAGAUGGCGCCGAAGAAUGCGUCUUCGUGUCUAUUUAGGCUUCCCACAUUAGCCGACGACGGACUAUUGAAGGUGCAGUGGUAGGACUGGCUUCCGUCGAUUUACGUCGCCUGUUGUGCUUUGCGGGACCUUCGAGUCGUCGAACAUCGGAGCCGCCGGAUCCGAAGAAUGGCUCUGGAGAAUUUUCGGACUCCUCCGGGACCCGCAUAAAUGAGAAGGCGGCGUUACUGGCUUUUGUCCAAAACAGACUACCCCCCUCCCACCCCUUUGUCGUGAAAAAUGCUUUCCACUCGCAAUGGCUCUGAUACCAAGGGUGCCAUGAAUCAGGAGCUGUCCAUAGCACCCGUGUCUUGCCAUCGCUGCUUCCUGGCCAAGUCUUCCAGGGACCACGUUGUGGUGGUGCCCUCUGGUGGAGCCAACCAGGAAUACCAUCGAUUGAUCCCUGCCCUUUUUCGGGAUGUGUCUACCAUUUCUACAAAGUCACUGCUCAAGCUCGUUCAAGAGCUGUCCAACUCACUGACGGAGCACAGUCUAUUGAUGCGCCUGGUGGGAACGCCCAAGGAUGGUCUCCUUCACCGGAGCCGUAUGUCCGCUCUGCAGUGCCGCUGCUGCCAGAUGGCGCACUGCCUGAAGGCACACUUUGUGGACAUCUUCCGUGGCAUGGAGUCCUUGUCACAGCCCGACGUUGUGGAGCUGGGCAAGUCUCUGCGCAUUUACAUGGCUUGCCUGCACUCCAUGGAACAAGAGCUUCACCAGACGGCCCAUCUGUUCCAGCUGUUUCCUUUGCACCCCACCCCUGAUGGUUCGGUGAAAGCUCAGUUCGUGCACACGGGCACCACUGGUGGCAUGGAGCAGAUGUUCAGCGCUGUCUGCGAGUCCCUGAUGUUGUCUACGGCUGACAAGUACCGGCAAGAACGGGAUAGCUGGAAGCAGCUGGCAAAGCUUACUAUGGACAUACGGGCACUCAGUGAUUCAUUGCAUACGGAUGCCGUUUUAGGAUCCAUGGUUGACUAUGUCAUCUUUAAUCCAGAUGACAAACUGUCCAAGGCUCACCAACCCAGUGAAAUGGCACAGUCCAGCAAUCUGAGGCUGCUUGGGCCUGCCUCUGCCACCAGUUCUGAAGAGAACCUGGUGAGCUUGAUCCCAGAAAUCUGCUUCGUAAAAUCAUUACUCAUCUUUUUAAAGACGAUGCAAAAAUGUUGGUCUGUGGCCAAGAAGAAGCGCCCCUGCCAGCUCGCCUGCCUUGUCGCAUUCAUCUUGCUCAUCGUCUGCAUUGCUGUGGCUGCCAUCGUAUUCUUUCUCGUCCUUUCGUAGCCUUGACUGAGGCAUCGCAGGUCUUGCUGGCAUUUGCCCACGGAGCUCAUCCUUGUCCUUCUCCAAACUAUCUUCGACCGCACCUUCAGAAACAUUUUGUUUCCUUCACUUUGCUCACUUCAGCUGUUCCGUCAAAGUGUACUCCCCUGUACGGGCACCGUGUGCAGGCCUCCUUCCUGAGGCACCUUUGUAGAUAUUAGGCGCGCCAGAGCGCGCUUGUGGUAUUGAUGUGAAAGCACAAUGAGAGGUCAUUGUGAAGGAUUGUUGAUGGAGGUGCUUGUGUGUCUCCGUGCUUACUUAUCAUCAUCACCAAGCCUUCUUCCUCUUCUUUUUGUACAAAGGACAUCUGCUCAAUGGAAACUCGAUUGGUAAGAGGAAAGGCACGCCCAUUUUAAAGCUGAUUCUAAAUAUAGCUUGGCUGGUUUGACACGGGAAGGGUAGAAAAAGGGUGGCUUCUACCUUAUUCUGUUCUGCCUCUGUGUUAGUGCAUGCCAUGUAUAUACAUAUACAUAUAUAUAAAUAAAACUAGCUUUUAUAUUUCGUUCCAUUUAAUUACAAUGGUACCUACACUCAGGCAAUUCUCAGGAAUGCUAGUUCAUUUCUGUAUUAGUUUCUGUACUCUUUGCUUUCUUUCCACCAUUUACAACACAACAGCUUGCUGGAUAAAAGAAGUUGGAGGCCUGUAAACAUAAAAGAAGCAUGCAUUCCCAGGAUGCACAGGAGAGGUUUAGCAUCCAUGCAUUUUGGGCCAGAUUGCAUCAGUUGUAUGCUUAAAUAUCAUAACAGCACUUAUUUUUAUACAUAUUUCUUUCUUUAGAGAUGUCUUAUUGACAUGGUACCCUGUGACCUGACCUUUUGUUGAUAAGGAGUACAUUUAGUGUUGCCUUCAUUCACUACUACUUGACAAGUUAUGAAAAAAAUGAAACAAGGGAAUGUAGAUGAUUGAGAAAAAUAACACUGACUUACAAUAUUUUCUUAUUCUUAGCUUGCCCCUCUUUCUCUGAGCUUUCAUGCAGUAUGACCUUCUGUUUGUGCCAUACAUGUGCUCUGCAGGCAUCAAUUUGCUGUUCUUUCAAUACGAAUGGCCCUUUGACCUUCAUGGUGAUACACUCAUGAAGAUGCCCGGUUAGUAAUAGAGUAAGAGUUGAAGUGGCAAAAAUAUGUCUAUACUGCUUCAUAUGGAUCUAUGCUUUAGAAGCCACACAGUGAUAGUGCAUAAGCUUGAACAAGAAGGUUAAUAUAUUUCGCAUACAUAUUUACAUAAUGUCACUUUUACUAAUGUGUACUCACAUCGGUCUGCUCUAAACAUCUUUAAGCUGCACUGAGUCGGUUGUCUUUGGUACCAUGCUCAUUCUUGGUAAUGGUUCAACCAUAGCAUUUGCCUCCGUGUUUGCAGAGUGCCCUUCUGCUAGUUUAGAGUUCUUGUUAGCCUUGUAGCUACGCAAUGAUUCUCCACUGGGAUAAGUCUCAGUUAUUCGCUAGCUUAUAAACUUGCCAAAUAGUUGAUGAUCUCACCUUUUAUUAACAUGUACCUCCGGUUGGCAGCUUGAAUGCCUAGGUGAUAGGUUUACCUCUUUCUCACAGAAGUCCUCUGUAUCGUCACGUCACUGUAGGCACACACAUGCAAGGCCAGUGCUUUGACUUUGCAGUGCCUGGCUAACACUUCCAGAAGGAGCUGCUUCAUCUUAUGUCGUAAUUCCCGCAAAAUUAAAAGGCACCAGGUCAUAACUCCAACAUAUAAGAACACUAAUUAAAUUUGGGAACAUUGUUUACUUGCAGUAAUGAAGUUAAAACGGUGUGGUAACACUUCUUUGACCUGUUUACAGGCUGCUUAUGCAGAGUUUACUUGAGCAAUUUAAAGUUCAGUCGUUUAAACCGUGUUAUCUGGAUAUAGGAACUUGUUUUUACUGAUGAAGUUCGUGAAUGAACAUUUGGAAGUUUAUUUAGUACAUCUUUUUUGGCACUCAUAUGUUGCAUGCUUUUAUGAUGAGACUACUGUGAUAUCUACUGAGAUAGCUCAGUUUGAAUGCGCAUAUAAUUUUAGCAGGAAUGUUGUAAGGUGUGUAAUCGUAAAAUAGUUGUGAUAAAGAUAUGGCUACCCAUAGAAUUCGAUGGGAACAAAAAGUUAUAAUGGCUUAUCUUUGUUUUUUUUUCAAGUAGGUGCUGUUUGUUAGCAUAGUGCUAUCAUAAACAGGCAAGCAUUUUUCGUCUUGUGAAAUAUUUACCCUUCCUAGAAAAAAUGGGCAAAUUUAUUGUCUCACACGCACAUUCCUGGAUGGUAUGAGUGCUUGUAUUUAAAGGACACAUUGCUCAUUGAAGUAGAAAAUAACAUUGGAGACUUCGUUUAUAUUUCAUUUGAACGCUGUGUAUGAAAAAGUACAGAGUCCAAUGCUGGAUCGUGUAUCCAAAGCUGAUGAACCUGCCUAUGUUUGGUUCCUUGUGAUACACAAGAUACUAUGUGUUGCUACAAAGUAUUUUUCUUCCAUGGCCAUGCACAAAAUGUUGGGGAUCUUGUUGACUAGCAUAGCUUUAGGUGAGUGGGCAGCUAUCGUGUGUGUUGCUCACAGAGGUGCCCAUUGUGUCACAAGGGUCGCCGUACUUUUGCUGUUUUGCAUUGUUAUCUUGGCAAUCUGUUUAUGCGGAGUUGGUUUUGUUGUUGGAGCGCCGAAGUCUGUGUACCUGCAGUUUCGAGAACCGUGUCGUCCGUAACUUUCAUGCCCUCUUUUAUCAAGAUUGUUUAUAUUUUGUGGAAGCGUGUGCUGGAGUUAGAUCAGCUGCUUGUUGAAGCACACCGUUUACACCAUUUCAAGAACUUUGAGUCAUCAGCUUCCUCUCUUAGCUUCAAUCCUGCUUGGCUGGUCUUUCUCCUCAGACACCUUCCUGUGUCGUCAAGGAAGGCUUGUACAUAAAGAGCUGUAUAGCAGUUGUAGACAUUAUUACAGUGUGCAUAUAGCAUACAGUCUUCCUUCAUAAGAUAGAACCUGUACGAUAGUACAUACAAAUAUUAUACAUAUAUAUAUUAUGUAUAUUGGUGUGUGUAUACAUGGUGUUUUUUUUCUUUUUUGGAAUUCACCUAUCACUUAUGGAGAGUGACGGCUGCCUAAACGUAUCGUUACCAGCAACAUCUUAUUCUUGGGCAUGUCAGAACGUGGACAAAAGUGGGUGUGGCUGUUUUACUCUAUCGAUUCAUUCCCAAUCAUCAUUCAUGCAUUCUGGCCAUCACUUGAUGCUGCCAUAAUUGAAAAGUCUGUACCUAACAGGUAGUGCUACAUUUCAGAAUAUACCACUUUUUAUUUGUAAUGUAUAAGCUUCCUAGAUUAUUGUAACAGUCUGAAGGAAGAUGAAUGUUUGUGAAGGCACCGAAAAAGAAAAGUGCCAUUAUGCUGACUGUUUAAAGACGAUAUUUUUUUGUGCACUCCUCAGUGAUUCGUCAUUCUUGCAUCAUUUCAACAUUAAUAUUCAGUUUACCAGCAUGUCUGCUUGGAGCUACAGCAGUACAGGAAAACUUCAUGCUUCAAUGUGUUAAAAUAACUGAAAUGCGACUUGGCCUUAUAUUACAUCAUUAAUAUCAUUUACAACAGAGAACAUUUAGUAGGGGACAUAGGCUUCACAUGCCAUGUCAUUUUUAACAAAGUCCCACGGCAGUAAAAUUGCAACAAAUUCACUAAUGUUUUUCACCAUAUUUUUAUUUGUACAUGCCCAAAGCUAACUAAAAGUCCUUUCAAGAAGGUACACACGUGAAAACAUUGGAGCAUCAAAAUUUAUAAAGUAAAAAAUGGUCAUUUAUAGUGAAGCAGCAUUGCAUUCAAAGUGCUGGAAUGGUUGUCAUAGCAGCCAGUUGAUCGUUUGGGCAUGCAUGUGAUUAUAAACUUCCCUGCUACUGAGACAGUGCUCUAAAGUUAACCUAAUCACUUAAAGAAAAAUAAUUGAUUGCCUUUUCCAAUGCUUGUCAGUAGAGUUUUGCUGAAUCUUGUGCUUUAGUGCUAUAAUAUCAUCUAUUUUACAUUUCAAAGUAGCUGUGCUUCUUCUGUUAGCCCAAUUUUUAAACAAUGCCAACUGCUCGAUGUUUGUUGCAUGUUACUGCUAGUGUUAAUGUUGGCAUUCUACGGUUAUGCCGUGUUGCAUGAACUCGAUUUGCACCUUUUUGCUGCAUGCAGACUUCCUUCAUUACGGUCUGUAAACAUGCGGGCAAACUUGUUGAAAGCCUAGGCAUGCCAUUGAAACUGCUGAAUGAUUGAGGGCAUACUAAUGUCAGUGAAGCUCACAUCUGAGAUGAUCACUUAUAACAGUGCAACAGAAUAUGAUGACUGCCGGAAUUUCCCAUGUUGCGUAGCGUAGCACUAAGGGUAUACUGUACUGACAUAGCUGUUGUGAGUUGGCAAGCCUGCCCUCACCAAACCUCGUAAAGGCUUACGAAUCUUGUAUGUUAUCAAUGAAAGCAGCUGCACAAAAUGCAUUUGAUAUUGCCAAUAGGGCUCGAAGGCUCACUUAUAGGGCGAGUUGCUUUCAUGCUUCUAUGACCACACCAUUUCUACCAUCCAACUAUGUUGAUAACCUUGCUGAUUGGCAACAAUCUGUAUUAGUUUUUGCGGGGAACAUCACUUGAUCAAAAUUGUUGUACUUUUUCCACAUAAACCCCCAGAUAUUAUCAUUAUUAAGACCCUUUAAAUAAAAUUUCUCACACUAAUCAAUUCAAAUUCAAAUUGAGCAUUAACGUUAUAUUUGUGUUGCUGCUGUUUGCUGUUUGUGGCAGCUUCAAUAAAAAACAAAGGGUUAAAAAGGCGUGAGAAGAUUUGUGGCAUAACACUGGAAUCUGGGACCGUAUUCCAAGAUGAUUACUUACGGCAACAGUGUAGUUUGCAUGGUGUGGAGUUUCACAUGUUCAAUAACUGAAUCAAGUACAUGCCUGUAAUGUCAUUGUUGCGUUAGCCGUCGGUGCUUUCAAAUAUCUCACAACACAAGAGUGAAGGCACUGAACACGUGAAUAAUGGCCAAAGUUUGGCAUUUUUGAGUGUACACCCUUCUGGCCCAUGGCUAGUCCUGGCUUUGGCUUCUUAGGAAACAAAAAUUGUUGAAAAAGUUUUCAGCGUUUGUAGUUUUUGUCAUAUUGUGCAAAGUGCAGUAUAAUUUUUCAAAGAAUGCAUGCUUGCGUGAAACAUAUUUUUGUUGAGAGCUUAAAAUGGCAUACUCACAGAGUUCAGCCAAUAUGAUGUGCACAUAUGCCAUGGAACAAUACUAGAAUUUACCACCUACGGUAUGGCACCGAAAUUCUAAACUUUGCCAUUAGUCUGUGGGGAUAAGGUAUGUUAGUUCAUUCCACGUGUGUCAAGAGCCCCGUAGAACACUGUGGCGUUAAAUUGACUUAGCCCGAAAUAUUAAAUGAUGCCAUCAAUUUUUAGCUUUUUCUCACCAGUCAAUCAGUGGUCAUUGAAAGUGACUACUUGGUGAUCAUCUCAGAAUGCAGCCAUAUGGUCUAGUACUCGGAACUUUCCCAUUAUGCCUGCAUGAGCUUUAUAUGGCUGUUACUUAUUGUAGUGUAGGAGCCAACUCUUUGGUGUUUCAAAAAUAACCAAAGGAUCUGAUACAGCAUAUGGCAGCCACUGUUAAGGGUCUAAAAAAAAGUUGAUAAAUUUUCACUAGCUUCACUUCUACUACCACCAGUAAGCACAGCAAGUUAGCAUCACUUGUCUGACCAUGCUAUGCUGCAUUGGGCUAAACUUGGUGAUAGAUUACAUUGAGAAGUCUGUUUAUGUGGGUGUAGUCUAGUGCCGGCUUUUUUUUUUUUUCAGGGCUUCAGAUGCCUGGCAGUGGGACUUGUUGCAUUGAAAAAACAAUGAGAAAUCUUGUUAUAUUUUAACACAAUCUAACAUGUAGUGUACAUAACCUGAAAUUGUAAGAUAAAGAGAAAUGUAGAUGAGUUAGAUUUAACUCACAAAUGGCAAGCUACAGGGCUAACUGAAUAUAGGGGCAGAGCAAAAUGAGAACAAGACAAGCCUUUGCCUGUUUUUACUCUUUCCUUAUCUGUUUAGUGCUGUGGUUUGUUAAUGGCAAAAAGGUGAAGGAUUACAUUUAAGUUUAUGUAAGUACACUAUUUAGGGAGUGUUCAUGCAAGGAACAUGAUGUGCGCAAUAUUAUAUAGUCUUACUCGCAUCUUCUAGUGUGCUGCUUCAGAUGACGGGGGGUUUCGUUAAUGCUUACUGUACAACAGUAUGGCAUCCUUCAUGAUAUCAGUGUAUAACCCUUUGCAUUAUUUGGAUAGAGUCAUCUGCCUUGAAACCCUAGGCUGCAUCUAAGGCUUUACACAGUCAUAUUUACGCUUGUAAUUUGAAGCAAGUUGCUGUGGUUGCCCAGAAAUAGCUUGCCCAACCUUUGCUUCUGGCCCAAAAUGCUCCUUCGUGAGAUACUAUUAUCAGUUGUAUUGCUUCAAAAUCUGAACAAAGAUGUCUUCUGUACAGACAGUCGUGUACCCUAUCCUGCAUCUGGCAUGCCCACUAAUUGGUCCGUAAAGGCGGGUUACAUGUCAUGACUAAUAAUUCCUCUCCUUUUGUAACAGAUCUGCAUGAGUAAAAACAAAACACCUUGUAUAUAUAUACAUGCAUAAGACGCUUGUUUGAAUACAGCACUUUACUUGAAGUGCUCGCUCAGUGGAAAUACUGUUCAAAGUACGUAAACAAUGUCUUGUUUUAGUCAUAAGCUCUUGCGGGCACUGAUUCUGUUGUGUUGUCUUUCCUUUUGUUUUUCUGGUGCCUUUCGGCUGCUGGUGGUUUGGUCUCAUUGCGAGAGUCUGUGAUAUAAUUUUGAAUGUGGAAGCUAAUCCCGAGUGCUCACAGCCAGCUCCUCGAAAUGAUAGCAUUUCAGAAUUUUUCCACUGUCACCAACUUUUUUCUGCUACUGAAUUUUUUCGAUUUGACUCUGCCAUCCAACACUCAACUCAUUCUAAAAAAAACAGUGAAUGCACGCACACUGUAGGUAUACCUACCAUCAAGGUAUAUUGAGUUGCUAUUGAUCAUGUUGGCUCAAUGUCCCUAGGAGACUUUGUAUUGUCUGUCUUCUCAGUGUUCUCUCAACUAGUAACAUCACUCACAUCACAUUGUGUGUCCAGCAUGUUUUCAUCUUUAGGACGUAACUAAAACAUUCUCUUUUUAUCCACUUUCUGAGGUUCAUUUUCAUAAGGCAAUAUUUGUUCCACUUUAGCAUACACCAAGCUGUAUUCAGUGGAGGCUGAGCAAAGGAAUGCCAUCACAUUUGUCAUAAUGUAUGUGUGAUAUUGCAUAGGGAGUGAUACUUCAUCCAUCUUUCUCGCUUGUGUUGUAUGUCUUGUUGAAUUGUGCAUCUUGUUGUGGUCAGCCACAACAAAAUAUUUGUCAUACAUUCUACAGAAUGUGUCCCAUUGCAAUGCUUUUGUAUACACAGCUCAUGACAAGUUUUUUUUUUUUUUUUCACUUUUGGUGAUACCAUUUAAGCGAUAUUACCCCAAUUCUUGGUUGUGCAGUGAAACAUUCACUUUGCAUGUGCUUAGACGAGCGACCAAGCGAUUCCGCAUUUCGUUUGUCAGUUCCUUCAUUAAACUUUCUUAGCAUGUUUCAUAAUGUUGCACUGAGCUUUUAAAGAAAGCAUGCUCAGUGUGAUGAUGUGGGAAAUGCAAUAGCGAGUUGCCUAGGUGGCUGUGGUGCUUUCGCAGUUGGUCAACCUUACGUGUGCAUGCAUGCUUUCAUAUGUGUGUGAACACGCUUUUGUCCUAAUCGCACGCUAUACUUGAGUACUAGUCUUUUUCAGAAGAGGCUUGGGAGAUGCUGCCUCUGUGAAAGCUAUGUCAACUGCCUGUGUUUCGUCAUACGUGCAUUCUUUCUUGUUACCUCCGAGUGAGGAUAUAUUUCUAGUAUCAUUAACACAGUGUUGUCACCCUAUGUGUGAAGAAAUAUAUGUGCCUUACUUACGAAUGAAUUCAUUCGCUCUCUGUGCAACUCUGGGCUAAGCUGUUUUUGAGUCAUGAUUGAAGCAUUGACCCAAGUGCUUCUUAUUGUGUAGCUUGCGCAUAUAACUCUACACUGCUAGCCCUUAUAUCUAACAAACACUGUUACUCCUGCAGCAAUCUUUAGUGUUGCCACACAGCAAGAUAGCUGUGCAUGUGCACUGCAGCUCCACAUGUAAUGCAUUUGAACUACUCUGUAGGUAGUGUUGGCUUUAUACCUUAGCCAGAGUACAGGCAUAGCAUUUAAAGAAAAAAAAAAAAAGAAAGGCCUCUGUUUUGCAGGUUGUUUCUUUCCUCACAUUGUUCUCGUGUUAGAAAUUUUUCUGAGACAGUGUGGCAGGCUGGUUUAAAUGUUUCAAAGUUUAUGCCAGGGAACACUUGAACGCUGUUGUGGAACUCGGCUGCACGUUAUGUGACCAGGCUUGAAGCAUAAUGUGUUUGGCUGCUGUUAGAGAAGAAAGCCGAUUCCUAUGAUGUGCGAGGCUGAAAGCAACUACGUAGAUGACCUCUUGCCGAAAUGUUGUCUUUCCAUUAGGGUAACGGUCUUUUGUUCCAUGCAAAGUGUUGCUUGUCUGCAUUGUUCAUUCGGACUGGUGCAUGCUUCUAAACGAUCCCGGAUGCAAUAAAUUGCCAGUAGCAUGUGCUGCACAUCUAUAUAAAUGCUAGUGUCUUCUAAGAAUCAUAUUUAUUUGUAUUAGUAUCUUGUUACGCGAUCUGCUUUUUUGUAUAGCAUCAAAAAUUUGGAAAAAAAGAUCAAAAACAGCGUUAAUACACUUGAACAUAGUGAUACGAAUAUGAACGGCUUUUGGGAAAUUGGUUAUAUCUUAACAGUGGCAUAGUUCAAAUGUAUUUCUUGGUCUUAUUUUGUGAAAUUGCCAGACUGUAGCAUUCCUGGUUCUAUAAAUGAGCUGGUCUCUGAAUUUUUGAUCUUGUUCUCUUUGUGGCAGUGGAAUCAACACAGAUACAUUUGUGAUAUCCACUUUUGAGGUCUUGCCUCUAUUUCACGAGCAAGAUGCCUGCCUACAUUUUAUUAGCAAUUACGGCAAAAAAGAAAUGAGUGCUUGUUUGAUCACAUAGCUGGAAUGCCGAUGAAGCCAUUGAUAGUUUAAGGAUUGUACUUUACAGCCCUCAAGCAUGCCCAUUAUUUUUUUUCCAUCUGCUGAGUGCUUUAUUUUGAGGGGAAAAAAAAGGGAAUAAUUGUUACUGUUUUAACUUAUCAACUCUCAAGAGCUAAAAGUCGUGUUCAAUUCAUUUGUAUUCUUUGUUUAGUCUGUUGAUUACACUUUGUGAGUAGGAACAAAAAUGAAAAUUCUCAAACUCCUAACACUGUAGUAAUAGUCAGUGGUCAACCUGGCAGCUCAGCAUGGUGUUUUAAACAGUUAUGUUUAUCAGCUGUUCUUCUAAGCACAUGCCAUGGCAUUUCAUUGGUAUAUUGAAAACCUGUAUUAACAUAUUUUGGAACUCACUUCAAAGAAGGUAACUUAUUUGAUUUGUAACUAAAUUUUAUUCCCUCAUUUACACUUGUGCAGUGCUUUCAUGACAUAUGUGAAGCUCUGCAGGAGCUGACAUGAUGGUCUGCUGUUACCUGGGGAUGCUUAUAUUAAAGAAAAAGAAAGAUAGUAGUGCACAGGUACAAUUGUGGCCGCCUCGAAGCAGGCACGCACAUGUUAGGGUUAACACAUGACUUUGAAGGCGAGUGUACUACUCGGGGAGCACCGAGAACAAUUUUGUGGCCUAGCGGGCCUGUUGCUCAUGUGGACACCACUCAAAAUUCCUGAGUGCAUGUGCAUUAUGACCACCCCAAGUGUCGCUGGCUAAUCCACCACUUGGUCUCUGUUACAGACAUCUCGUGAUGUUGAGUACUUCAGGCUUCAAUGAAAUGAGGUGUCACGUUAGGGCUAGUGGUUAGGUAUCUAAGGCUCGCAAUGUUGGCAUAAUAUCUGUAUUGGUGAUUAUUGCAUAUAGCUUUACAUAACCUUCGAAAGCAAACCUUGUAACAACUUCUAAUUGAGCGUACUUACUAUAUAUCUUUUGUACGUCUAUGGGUUGUUGGCCUGUCUUCUUUUUUAAUUAUCAGUUGAUGGUUACUUUGCAUACUCUCCUACGCAGGCUUUUUAUGAACCGCCAUAAGUAGCCUUGUAGUAACACAAAAGUGGUGUCGUGCUUUUAUAAUUUGACUUUAGGGAACAGACCUUAUGCUUUGCAAUAUCAAGUAAAUUAUUGACCUAGCAAAAGCAUAAUGAAUCUGCACAUGUUGUGCCCUCGUGUAUGUUAUCUCUAUUCUUAAACAUCGUUUUGUCUUUUUAGCAAGACUAAUUAAUCAUGCAGGUUUUUCCUAAAUAACUUAUCUGGUUAACUUAUUCAGGUUACAUUAUGUAAGCUUGAAUAGUUUUUGAGAGUGUGCUUGGUUAUGCGAGUUGUGAAAAGCAAACAGCCAUUGUUUGCUAGAGAAUGUAAUUUAUAGUAUAUUGCUUUAUGGUUGACCUGUUAGAUAUCACAAACACUUCUUAUCAACACAUCACCUUGUUUGCAGCCUCUUACUUGGCAUGAUAGUUAUACAGAGCUAUUCCUUGCACAUGGUUCCAAGGUAUGGUUUCAAUGGGCCAGCUCAAUAUUUAUCUCUGGAAAAAGAAAAUCAGGAACAUGCUGAAGGUUUUUUAAUUCAUACAUGAUUCAGAGUGCUGGGAAGAUAAAGUAAGCCCCUAUCAGUACAGAUAGCAUGUGGUCACUUGUGGUAUUCAUAAGCACCACGUUAUAACUGCACGUUAAGGACUGUGGCUUGAAAGUUGCACUAAGGUGUGGCACUGUCGUUGGAAUAGAAUAGUUUAUCUGAAGUUUUCUUCGACUCAAUAUUUGCACCUUUUCAAAGCACUUCUGCUGUAUGAGGAAGUGUCCUUAGUUGUCACCUUGUUUACACUGUCACCAGGUUGAUCAGUUGUAAAUUUUAAUUCUUUAUAUACAUGCCACUAAUAUUUUCAAAUGAGCAUUCAGUUUGGUGCCUACAACUGGUGACAUAUAAUGAAGAAAAUUUGAAUAAUCAUCUAGCUUCAUUUUUGCUUGCUUCCUGCAACCUCUGCCUGCCUUGGUAAGGAAGGAGUAAUUGAGAUUUUUGGUGUCAAGAAUGCUUUGGUGUUAAAAUACUUCCGUGUUUAUCUCUCGUAAACCAUUCAUCUUGGAAAUAGUUGACUGUCGGACAAGUUGGUGCUUUGACAUAGACAGCAUUGUGAGGGCACAACUAAACAUAACACACAGGAAGAGCUUGUCCUUGUCUGUCUCUUCCUGUGUGUUGUGUUUAGUCGCGCCCUCACGAUGGUUUCUUUCAUCUUGGAUGUCUGUCUAGAAUCACUUGAUUAGGUUAACCUUUGGCAGUGAAAUAAACUAAAGAUGGCACCAGAAUAUUUCAUUGGAGAGAGGCAAGACAGUAUAUGAAGGCAUUUAAUUACUUAGCAUUGGUGUGAGAGGGGCAAUAAGGGGUUGGGGGUCCCUCCUCUCUUUAGAGUCACUCCUGGAGUUGGCUGCUCAUUUGCUAGAUAACUAACGUUCUUCACUUUUUAUGGAAGGAGCUGCACUUGAAAGCAAUAUUAAAUGUUAGUUCUGCUGUAAGCAAGAAUACAUAUCCGAAGGUUGCUUCUGUGUGCAAUUGAGGACUACUGCUCUUGAUGUACCUCCGUAGACUUUACACUAUGUGCAUGUUUUCAUUGUGCCACUGUAUGGGGAGAACAAAGCAUGUUGAGCUCCUUUGCCAAUAGAAGCCCAUGUUGUUCAUGCAUUUCUUAAGACUGCACUGCCAGUGUUCUUAGUUGAUGCUGUCCUCUGUCUUGUACAUUGUUUGAAAGCUUUUAUGUGCCUUUUAAUUCGUUUCAACAGUGCUGUUUAAGGGAAAAGCUUCGCUAGACCAUUAUUCUUUAUUUUUUUCAUUAGAUCUGAAGUACUUAACAUGGAAAUUUAAACAUUAACUCUAUGGUGAAACCAAGCAUAAUUCUUGCGAGAGUGCAUUCUUUUGAUUGUAGAACUGAACAAUAGAAUCAAUGCCGUUACCCAUGGGCGAUAAAAUAGGCAUGAACUUCUUGAUAUCUGCGGUAUUAUACCCGCUUCUUUGCUUUAUGCACUUGGUACCCAUUAUAAUUUACUUCUUCCCAUAGGAGGCAGCACAUGUGUUUGAAUUAUGCCCUAUAGGUUGAUGGCCAGGUGAUUCAAUGGACCAUUGUCCUAUUGUUGCCAUGAUGUCAGACCAUGUACGGUGGAUGCUGUGGCGUAGCAAGAACAUUCCUUUUAAUCAUUAGCAUAUGUCGUCUUCAACUGUCACUGUCUUUAGUACAAGUGAGGCUCAAAAGAUGAAACACAUGGAUGAAAAUGAGAAUACCAAUUGUUUUUCAAUAUUCGAUUUGUUGCUCGCUUGAGUUUAUUUCUGAGACGUGCUCUGCAGAAAGAAGUCUAGAUGUGUGAUGGAGGGUUAUGAGUUGCAAACGUGAACAUACUGCAUCUUGCAGGACUUUCAUUAAUGGUGCGGCACAGUCAUUGUGCUGACAUUGAUGUUUUCAGGACUGUUGCUAUACAGGAUUCAGUUGAUAUCACUGUAUUAACAAAACAAUGAACUCAGGAUAUUAAAUUAAUUGGCUUCAAGCAUCUUAAACUUUCCUGCAACAUUCUCUUAGAAUGGUCAGGCUGAAAUCUCUCUAAAUGCAACAAUAUACACAUAUACCUGUCACUAAGAUCUGUAGCUCUUUAAAUGUAUGUAUGAACUUUUUUAGAAAUAUGUAUGAACUUCAGUGACCACCACCUCAUGUUCACUUCCGAAGCAGCUCUAUUUUGAUAUAAUUUUCUUUCUCUCAUGCUUGAAAUGAAUCGAUGCAAAAGUCACAGUAGAAUGGAACGAUUGAAGUAACUAAUUAGUAACUUCAUAUAUAUGUGUAACUUCUGUAUUUGCACGAAUUCAGUGCGACAGUUCUUGUUUCAAGAUAACCAUCUUGCUUUACAUUUAGAAACAUUCGCUAAAUACAGCGUGCGACUUUUCCAUGUAGACUCUUCUGUCUUUGACAAGCUCAUAGUCAAGGUCGCCAAGCCACGCAGGAAAGCGAGACUCUUUGGGGCUGAUAGCGUGGGUUAUUGAAUGCAACCAUAGAUAACGUAGAUAACGGCAGAGAUAUUGCAAAGACAAUUACUGCAACGUGAAUUCAUUGUGUUGACACGUUAUUUUCAGUGUCCCAGUCGCUUUAUAUCAUGUUAGCUUAAGGACUUGUCAUGACACUGUACUCAUACGGUUAAUCUUGCAUCUUUAAGCAUAAUAGGGGCGCAGCCCCUGUCAAUGUGUGAGAGAACAAGCACAAAGCUGGUGACGACUCUGGUAGCGACAACAAUCUGUUAGAAGUGACGUUUUAGUCGUGCAUGUGCAUCCGUGCUGACAUCAGCGUAUUUGGAGGUAGGUGUGCUUAUGGAUAACGGAUUGCCAUUCGUAGUAAGGACUGCUGUAUGAAAUCAACAGACACAACUGUGUUAUGCAUUGUUAAUUUGUGUUGCUGUAAUGUUUUCUGGUUACAGUCUUGCUGUAUAUUUGUAUGCGAUCUCUUAAUAUUCGGGCAAAUAAUUCUACAAUGCGUGAGAUACUGCGACUUAAAGAUGUUCAACCUAGCUACUAAACAUUUUUUUUCAACAAAGCAUUUGUUUGCACUUUAGUUUUGCUUCUGCUUAGGUUUACUACUAAUGUCUCUUCACCCAUGGUAGAAAUACGCUUAAGUGGACUAUUGUGCAAUUUUCAGCCGGUAGCAGUUGAUUUUUACUGGUCGUAUUCGAAAUGACGAGCGAACUGCAUUUAAAUGUUUCUACAUGGAACGAGUGAAGAAACCUGUCUUGCAAAUCGUUGCUUGUUUAUUUUGAAGCAAAUCUGUGCAGCACAUUCUGAUGUCAGUAAUGCGGUCUGCGACAGCACCACGUUCGAAGUCUGCAUCUGGUGUAGUGCGAAAUGUAUUGUUUUUUUUCCCUUUAUCUUCCUCAAAAGAAACACGCGUUGACUUAUGUCGGUUUGGCUAACAGUAGUCGAAAGCAACAAUGAAGACAAAACGAGUGAAAUAUUUGGAAACUGAACAUUUCUUUCUUGUUUCUAAAGACGGAGCUCCAGGGACCAACAGUGCAUGCUGACAAAGUUGUAAUGUAGAAAUUCGAGUCCUAUUUAAGCACCGCGCGGUAGUGGAGCUGUAGACCUUGUUGCGCAGCAGAAACUCUGUUAACUAUACGGGCACUGUGUGGUUGCCCGUAAAAGAAGGUCGGCAUGCGGUAUAGUGGCACGGCCCCGGUUGUGCCGUAAUAGUACGGCACGCCCGCAGACUUAGUACGUCCGCGCCUCGCCGCUUCUGCGCGUGAUUUGUGUAGGUUACCCCACCGUGGUAGUGCACGAACAGUUGAUCGGGGUGAACCGAGUGUAUUGUGUGUCGGGUUCCUUCUUUUCUGUAGAAUAAUCAAACGCGCAUGCGCCAGUUGCUGGGCAUUGUAGAUUGCCGCUUCGCCGCACGUGAUGAACUGCGUACAGUGUGCUGUGUAUGACGAAGCUGUGUCUCACCUUAUCGACUCAAUCUGGGAGCGUUGCUUGUCUCAUUUCGAAGAGGAGGAGCCUGUGAAAUUCGCGACGAUUUCUUUACGAAUGGUUUUAGCGAUCAAUAAAAAACGGUCGCUCACUUGGACUGUGACGA